AUGCAUGUCUCCCUGGGUCUCUCGACCGUCGUCCUCCUCUUCUGUGCCCAAAGCGCCUUCUCGUCUCGAGUCGUGAAACGCAGUGAAGAUCUCCGCCAACAAGUGCUCGGAGAGCUCAACGAGUUCCGUGCAAAGUAUGCCGAAGCAGCACAAGUCAGCAACAUGAAUGAGUUGACUUACGACAUGGAGCUGGAGAAAGAAGCUAGUCAGUACAAUUCUUGUCACGACGAGGAGUCUAUCAAUCGGCUUGAGAAUGAACCCAAUUAUGCUCUUCGCAAGAAACAAAUUGAAAAUGACUUCAUUGAAUACACUGCACUUCAUAGAAAUGAUACUAAAGGACUCAAAAGAUACUUUGGAAACGGAGACAUGUUUUUUGCGGUUCUUCAACCAAAUGCCAACAAAGUUGGAUGCUACCAUUUCACUAGUCUUUGCGUUCACAAAGUUUGGUCCCCCGCUGCUAUCUUCACCGAUGUCAAACGAUCGACUGUUAGAGGAUGGUGUAUUUUCGGACCGAAAGACAGUUUCAAACCGGACGUCACUUUCUAUGGAAAACCUGGAACUCGCUGUUCUGGAAAGCAUACUCGCAAUGGAUUGUGUAAAGCGACUAAUCAGUGA